AUGGCCAAGGAGCUAUUGCCGGAUACAACGCGUCAUCCGUCCCGCCAUGAAGACCAUGAAGACGAGGAGCCGACACAGCUUCCCCCGUAUUGUGCCCUGCCGCAGACAGAGAAAGUCGGGUACAUUAUACUCGCCUCUUUGGUUACCACUCUCGGCCCGCUAUCAGGCAAUAUCUACCUCCCAGCGCUAGAUUCUCUAUCGCGAGAUCUUCACACCUCUCACAGCACCAUCAACCUGUCUAUCACAUUAUUUCUAAUAUUCCAAGGCCUUGCGCCGCUACUCACUGCAAAUCUCUCCGAACACAACGGUCGUCGGCCCAUUCUCCUCGUUUGUCUCGCCAGCUAUGUCUUGGUCAACGUUGCCUUGUCCUUACAGACGAAUGUGCCAGCCCUGUUUGUCCUCAGAUGCCUGCAGAGCGUGGGCAGCAGCGGCGUUUCAGUCGUAGCCAUGGCCGUGAUAGCAGACUUGGUGACGAGAGCUGAUCGAGGCAAAUACGUUGCCUACGCAUCGAUCGGCAUGACUGUGGCACCUGUGUUGGGGCCUGUGUUAGGGGGCGUCUUCACCCAGUUCCUUGGUUGGCGCAGUAUUUUCGUCUUUCUUGCAAUCUUGGCGACAUUACUUGCCGCCAUGAUCCUCGCCGUCAUGCCAGAGACGUGUCGAGGAAUCGUGGGUAAUGGCAGCAUUCGCCCGCAAUGGUGGAAUCGAUCGUGUCGGCAACGAUUUUGGCCAGAAACAAUUCCAGAUUCUCGACACGAUCAAGAUCCGUCAACACAGCUUCGCAUACGUCGCCGGCCAUCCCUCUGGGACACUUUCCACGUCAUGCGCGAUCCGUCGACUGCAUUGGUUAUCUCUGCUGGCAUGCUGAUGAUGAGUGGCCACAUGGCGAUUCUGGUUAGCAUACCUCUCCUAUUCGCAGCAAACUACGGCUUCAACUCCCUACAUAUCGGACUUUGUUACCUACCAUAUGCGGUUGGUGGAUUAGUUGCCCGAUGGACAGUCGGCUCGCUAGCAGAUCGUAAUUAUCGACGCCAUGGUACGAGAGCUGGACUAAGAAUCGUGCAGAAUCACCAAGCACCAGAAGAACUUCAAGCAAUACCACUAGAAAGAGUGCGAUUGCAACUAACACUGCCGUUUCUGUAUGCAUCUGCAUUACUAGUAACUUUAUAUGGCUGGUUACUGCACGCUCGUGUGCACGUCGCUGGCGUGUUCGUACUGCUCUCCCUGCUGGGCAACACGUUGACUGGCACACAGAACACACUAAACAUGUUGCUGAUUGACUUGAAUGCCGAGCGGCCUGCUGUAGCUAUUGCUUCAAUUGCGCUGUUUAGAUCAUUGUCUGGUGCUGGAGUAGUUGCAGCGACGCUACCUGUCAUCAGAUGUAUUGGAGUAGGCUGGGCGGCGACUGUGAUUGCAGGAUUCUGGCUGACUGCUUCUCUUGCGUUGUGGCUAGUGUACAUGUAUGGUCAUCAGUGGCGGGAAUCACGAAGAGACAGAGCAGGCUGA